AUGCCAAAGGCCACAACUCCCACCGCCGGCCGCCAGGGUCGGCGCCACAAUCCCCUUGAAGAAGAUGUCAUUGCGACUGGAGUCCUGCGAACCAAGCCUGGGAAGAGAAAGUCCAAGGACCGCGACGAGAAUGACGAGCACUAUGUGGAUUCCAAAGCCUCGAAGAAUAUCCUGCGCAUCGGUCGCCAGCUGGAUGAGGAGGAUGCAGAGACACGAGCUCAGCCCCCAUCAGCCACAAUUGACAACUUUGGCUACGACUCUCGCUUUGAGGACGGGCCCGAGGAGGAGAACCAGGUCUAUGGCGAUGACGACGAGGCCUGGGGCGACGAGGAUGAAGUUGUCGAAGAGAUCGAGGUCGACCCCGAGGACCUCGAGACCUAUAAGAAGUUUAUGCCAGAUGAUGAGGAUGAUCUGUUAAAGCAUGGCUGGGAUCGCCGGCCAACUGGCGACGAGCAAGAGAGCGAGACCAUUAACCUGGCUGAUCUGAUCCUGGAAAAGAUUGCCCAGCAUGAAGCUGGCGAGGCUAGGAAGGCCGUCGGAGUACCAGACGAAGACUACGAACUGCCACCAAAGGUCGUGGAGGUCUAUACAAAGGUCGGUCAGAUCCUUUCUCGCUAUAAGUCCGGACCUCUACCAAAGCCCUUCAAAAUCCUACCGACUAUCCCCCACUGGGAGGAAAUCAUCGAAGUCACAAGGCCUGAGAGCUGGUCGCCAAACGCCUGCUACCAAGCGACGAGAAUAUUCGUGUCCAGCAAGCCCCAUGUCGUGCAGCGAUUCCUCGAGAUUGUGGUUCUGGAAAAGGUCCGGGAGGACAUCUAUGAGAACAAGAAGCUCAACGUGCAUCUGUUCAACAGUCUAAAGAAGGCGCUUUACAAGCCCGCGGCUUUCUUCAAGGGCUUCCUGUUCCCCCUGGUUGGCAGCGGGAGCUGCACGCUCCGAGAGGCACACAUUAUUUCAGCUGUCCUUGCAAGGAUUUCCAUCCCCGUCCUUCAUUCCGCAGCUGCUCUCAAAGGUCUUUGCGACAUCGCGGCCCAAGAGGCUUCACAAGGCACAGAGGGAGGCGGUGCAACCAACAUCUUCAUCAAGACGUUGCUUGAGAAGAAGUACGCUCUUCCAUACCAGGUUAUUGAUGCACUUGUGUUCCACUUCCUGCGAUUCCGAAGCGUCGAUCCUGCCUCAAUCAGGAAUGGGGACGCCAUGGAUGGCAUCGAGCGUGAGGGAGAUGCCAAGACGAAGCUGCCUGUGAUCUGGCACCAGAGCUUGCUGGCCUUUGCUCAACGAUAUAAAGGAGAUAUCACCGAGGAUCAGCGCGAGUCUCUGCUGGAUCUUCUUCUGAGCCACGGCCACAGCGCCAUUGGGCCUGAGGUCAGGCGAGAGCUGCUCGCCGGUAGAGGACGAGGAGUGCCGCUUGAACAGCCAGCAAUGGCCCUAGAUGGAGACGAUACCAUGAUCAUGGAUUAG